UUUUAGACCCCUUAGUUAAAAUCUUUGCCUCUCUAAUAAUAAUAAUAAUAAUAAUUAUUAUUGUUAUUAUAAUAAAGUGAUGUGUUUGUCUAAUGGAGAGCAGCAGCAGCGCUGAGCUCUGCGGCAUCAUGGCGGCUGUUCUCCGGCUGGUCUCCGGUCAGUUCUUCUGCUCGGAGUUUCCCGCCUCAGACUGAGACUCUCCCGCCCAGACUGACCUGAGACCAGCCGCCGGGGCUCCGUCCCUGAGCCCGCCCACUGGGAGGUUAACUCGCUGCGGCUUCCUGCUCCGGUGUCGCGGCGCCGCCAUAUUGGUACCAAACAAAACACUAAAAUAACUACUUUUAUAAAUCCUGCUCGGCAGGUGAGCUACCUGUCGGAGUCUGAGCCACGUCACGGGACGGAAACCCGCGGGAUUAUCCGAGAGAUUUAAGAUGUCGCUGGUGGACCUGGGGAAGCGUCUGCUGGAGGCGGCCAGGAAAGGUCAAGACGAUGAGGUCAGGAACCUGAUGGCCAACGGAGCGCCGUUCACCACCGACUGGCUGGGGACGUCUCCGCUUCACCUUGCUGCUCAGCACGGUCACUACUCCACGGCCGACGUGCUGCUGAGGGCCGGAGUCAGCCGGGACGCCCGCACCAAGGUGGACCGCACCCCGCUGCACAUGGCCGCCGCAGAGGGACACAUGGUCAUCGUGGAGCUGCUGGUCCGGAGCGGAGCGGACAUCAACGCCAAAGACAUGCUGAAGAUGACGGCGCUGCACUGGGCGGCGCAGCACGGCCACCACGGCGUGGCCGAGACGCUCAUCAAGCACGGCGCCGACGUCCACGCCCUCUCCAAGUUCGACAAGACGCCGUUCGACAUCGCCGUCGACAUCCAGAACACCGAGCUGAUGCUGCUGCUGCAGGAGGGCAUGCAGAACCAGGUGAACAUGAACCAGGUGAACAUCAACCAGGUGAGCAUGAACGUGGAGACCAGCACCACCACCAGUCAGCCCCAGUUCAUCAUCCAGGGCAUCCCGGCGCUGCAGGGGGGCGUGGUCAACCUGGCCGAGCUGCUCAACAAGGCCAACGCAGGCGACUCGGAGGAAGCGAUGGCCGCCAGCGCUCUGGACUCCAACAUCCAGCACGCCACCGUGGUCAACGAGGGGGGUCAGAGGGUCAUCACCAUAGUAACGGACCAGCACGGCAACCUGCAGACCACGGGAGGGAUGGCGCCGCCGUUCUUCGUCACCAUGCAGCACGGCCAGCAGAUGUUGGCGGUGCCGGCGAACACGGUGACGGAGGAGGUGGUGACGGAGGAGCCGCAGCCGCCGCCGCCGUCCAGGAAGAGGAAGCUGGAGGUCACCAACAACCACAACGACACGGGAGAGACGGAGCUGCUGCAGAGGCAGCUGCAGGAGGCCAACAGGAAGGCGCAGGAGUACCGGCAGCAGCUGAUGCGGAAGGAGCAGGAGGCGGAGGAGUACCGCAUCAAGCUGGAGGCCAUGUCCCAGAGCCAGGCCACCUCCGGGAACGCCGCCGCAGGAGGCGCCAACGCCGCCAGCCCCGAGGAGGUGGUGGGAGGCGAGGAGGACGAGGAGGAGGUGGCGGCGGCCGGCAUGGUGGAGGAGGAGGGGGAGAUGGUGGUGCUGCAGGAGGGAGGCAUCAUCAUGGAGGGAGAGGAGGGCCAGGUGACGCUGGUGGAGACCGGAGGGGAGGCCACGGAGGUCAGCUCGUAG